UGCUCACAGAAAUGGAGAAUAGAACAUCUGUCCAAGAAUUCACCUUGGAGGGGUUCCCUACCAUCCAACACCUGGGAAAUGUCCUCUUCCUGGUGCACUUGCUGGCAUACCUGGCAUCCACUGCAGGCAAUGCUAUCAUAGUCACCAUCACCUGUGCCGACUCCUGGCUCCACACAUCUAUGUACUUGUUCCUCAGCAUUUUCUCCUUUGUGGAGUGUGGUGUCGUAAGUGCUGUUAUUCCUAAGUUGCUGGUCAUCUUUCUCUUAGGCAGGCAAACCAUUUCCUUUCCUGCCUGUUUCAUACAAGCUUUUGUCUUUUUAUUUCUGGGAGCAGCAGCAUUCUUCCUCAUAGCAGUGAUGUCUCUGGAUCGGUAUGUGGCCAUUUGCAAGCCUCUGCAUUACCCGACCAUCAUAAACCCAAAGACUUGCUUCCUCCUGGUCACUGCCUGCUUCGCUUUGGCCUUCCCUCUCAUCACUGGUCUGCUAGGAAAAGUCUCCCUGUUAUCUUUCUGCGGACCCCAUGUCAUCCCCCACUUUUUCUGUGAACUUGGCCCCUUGAUUCAUCUCUCCUGUUCUGACACCAGGUUUAUUGAAAUGUUGGCCUUAAUUCUUGCUUUGUUUAUCAUUUUCACAUCCAUUAUCAUAACUAUCAUUGCAUACAGCAACAUAGUAGUCACAAUAAUGCAACUUCCCUCAGCCAAGGAGAAAAAGAAAGCUUUCUCCACUUGCUCCUCUUACCUCAGAGUCCUCUCUCUGAUGUACGGCAGCUGUGUGUUCAUAUAUGUGAAACCAAAGCAAACGAACAGGCUGGACUCCAACAGGGAGGCUGCCAUUGUGAACAUGGUGGACCCACUGCUCAACCCUGUCAUCUACACUCUGUGGAACAAGCUGGUCCACCGGGCUCUGAGGGAAACAAUUUGCCGAAUGAAAAUAUCAAGAUAA